CUCUCAGCAAUACCGUAAUAAUGUAAUAACAAACUCAUUCAAAAUCAGCGAGAGAGAGAGAGGGAGAGGGGAAAAUUCAGUGGUUUUUGUGAAUAAUCUUAGUUUCUUAAUAAUACAGCCUUGCUUUGACCCGAUCGAUCGUUUCGAUUCGAAUACUGAAUCGAGCCCAAAAGGAUCCCAAAGCCAUACGAUUUGUUGCAAUUACCCCUUUCUCUCAACUUUUUUCUUUUUCUCCUUUUACAAUUCUCUCUCUUUUGCUCUCAUUCGCUGAAAGUUUCCCCCUUUUCCUCCAUCAAAAACAAGGGUAACCCUCAAAUUUUGAAUUAGGGUUCGAAUUUUUUUACCUUCCCUUUCCGACGAAGAACAAGUAAUGGGUCGCACUUGUUGUCAUGUUUCUCUCGCUUUCAUCCUCAAAUGCUUCAGUUUUCUUCAAGCUUUUGUUGGGGUUUCGAUUAUUGUUUAUUCGGCAUGGAUGCUUGAUCGCUGGAACCACCAUGUUCCUGUUUCUCCACCUCCUCCUAUACCGGAUUUGGCUCCUUCUCCGGCUCGUUCGGUUUCGUUUUAUUUAAAUUCUGAAUCAGUCGCUGUUAACGAUCGGAUCACCGCUAUGAAUUUAGCUACCAAUUUGGCUCCUGAGUUCGAGACGGAAUUAGAGCUUGAUUUGAACGCUUUUAAGCUUCCAGCCCCUUGGUUCAUUUACUCAUUCAUGGGAUUUGGCAUCUUGUUAUGUUGUAUUACAUUAGUUGGCUGUAUUGCAGCUGAAGCAAUAAGCGGCUGCUGCCUCUGUUUCUAUAACAUGCUUAUUAUGCUGUUUAUUCUCGUUGAAGUGGCUUUGGUGGCAUUUAUUGCAAUUGAUCGCCGGUGGGAAAAGGAUCUUCCGUUGGACCCAACUGGUGAGUUGGACGGACUUUGGCAAUUCAUUGAAGACAACAUCGAUCUGUGCAAGUGGAUCGGUAUCGUUGUGAUUUCAACUCAGGCGUUGUCUCUGCUGCUAGCAAUUAUCCUGAGAUCCAUGGUUUCAACCCGUAAAACUGAGUACGACACAGAAGAGGAGGUUGGUGCUCAAGAUAGAACACGGGAGCCGUUGCUUAAUCCACCAGCAAACCAAGCUUCUGGUGCCCAUUUUGACCUUUGGGGUGCCCGCAUGAGAGAGAAGUAUGGAUUAAACAACAGUGACAGAUACAAUUCAUCAAACCAAAGUUCGUAAUCAAAUCGAAAACUCGGGCAGUCAAAGAAACAGAAAGCCUUGCUUGCGCAGAUCAAAGGAACCACGACGUUACUACCAGAUUCUCUCUUUGCUACGUUGUUAUUUAACCUUGGACUUCAAUCAAAAGUUGCAAGGUGAACUGGUCAUUGGUGUCUGUAAGUUUCUGUUCGACUAUACGUCGUGUGCUUUGAUUUUGGUUGGUCUGAUAGGAUAGGUUGCAAUCAGCUUUGUGAAAGAAUGGAAUGUUCUGGUGUGUAUGAUGAGUAUGUGAAUAUCAUCGAAGUUGAGGAAUUUGAAUGAGUUAUUUUUCCAUUAUAAUCUUGUAAAGUUGAUGGUUGAUGUUAACUAAAUGAGUGAGAUCUAAUCUUAUGGAUUAUUUGUAGAAA